GGAAAGACAGCUCAUUCCAAAAAAAGAGACAGGUUACACAAGAAAAAGGCUCAUGCACACGUGGCUUGUAUCAGAAUUAUAGUAAGGGACUGGAAUGAAGCACAGAGCAUUCAAUAUGUGUAGGACAUGGACAUCUGUUAGGAAACAGGCUUAAUAUCUAAUCAAGAGAGACAGACACUGCAAUAAAAAGGGUUUGAAUGCUAUUAAAAAAAUUGACUACAUUCCAGGAGAGCUUUUAAUCACCAUAGAUACAUGGGCAGAGACAAUUAGUCACUUACUAGAUGGUCUACAAAAUAGACGCCAUGUCACACAGGUACUUAUAAAAACCCUUCAUUGAUCUGCAAGUGGUGUGGAAGAUUCCCUUUGAAGUGAACAUGGAAAAGUUUGACCAGAAUGAGGUGGAUCAGAUCCUGUCUGAGUUCCAUCUGCAGGAGGAAGAUUUGCAUGUUCUGGUGUGCAGGAUGCAGGCUGAGAUGGAGAGGGGUCUUCACCUGGAAACCAACGAGGAGGCCAGUGUUAAAAUGCUGCCCACCUAUGUUCGCUCAACACCUGAUGGCUCUGAGGUGGGUGACUUCUUAGCCCUGGACCUUGGGGGCACCAACUUUCGUGUCAUGUUGGUAAAGGUUGGGGAGGAUUUGGAAGGGCAAUGGAAAGUGGACACCAAACACAAAAUGUAUUCAAUUCCGGAGGAUGCCAUGACUGGAACAGCAGAGAUGCUAUUUGACUACAUUGCAGAAUGCAUUUCUGAUUACCUGGACCAGCAAAACAUGAAACACAAGAAAUUGCCCCUGGGAUUUACCUUCUCUUUCCCCGUUAGACAUGAGGAUAUCGACAAGGGUAUUCUUCUCAACUGGACCAAAGGAUUCAAAGCAUCUGGAGCAGAAGGCAACAAUGUUGUUGGACUCCUCAGAGAUGCUAUCAAGAGACGUGGUGAUUUUGAGAUGGAUGUGGUUGCCAUGGUAAAUGAUACAGUGGCUACUAUGAUAUCUUGUUACUAUGAAGACCAUCAAUGUGAGGUUGGCUUGAUUGUAGGGACUGGCUGCAACGCUUGCUACAUGGAGGAGAUGAGUAACGUGGAGCUGGUGGAAGGAGAGGAGGGACGUAUGUGUGUGAACACAGAGUGGGGAGCAUUUGGCGACACAGGGGAGCUGGAGGAUUUCCGACUUGAGUACGAUCGAGUGGUGGAUGAGGCAUCUCUUAAUCCUGGUCAGCAACUCUAUGAAAAGAUGAUUGGUGGAAAAUACAUGGGGGAGCUGGUCAGACUCGUCCUGAUAAAGAUGGUGAAUGAGAAUCUGUUAUUUGGAGGAGAAUCUUCUGAAAAGCUAAAGACCCGAGGAGCCUUUGAAACACAUUUUGUGUCCCAGAUAGAGGCGGACACCUCGGAUUUUAAACAGACUCUCAACAUCCUGCGGACUCUAGGAGUUCAGGCUACAAUUGGAGACUGUCAUGCUGUGCGCUUAGCAUGUGAGAGUGUAUCUACUCGAGCUGCCGUCAUGUGUUCUGCUGGCCUUGCUGGAAUACUGAGCCGCUUGCGGCAAAGCAGGAGAGAGGAACUACUUCGAAUUACCGUGGGAGUGGAUGGAUCUGUGUACAAACUACAUCCUAGCUUCAAAGAUAAGUUCCAUGGCACUGUGCGCAAACUGACUUCGGGCUGUGAAAUCACCUUCAUUCAGUCAGAGGAAGGAAGUGGACGUGGUGCUGCCCUAAUAUCAGCAGUGGCAUAUAAGAUGACUGCCCUGAUUGGUCACUAAUGAGAAUUUCCUUAAUGAGACCUCUAAGUCAGAGACCCUCCUUUAUGCCUGCAGUGCAUUCCAAAGAUCUGAAGAGAUUCCUUCAUAUCUACAAACACACGUAGAACGUCUGGCAAACCAUUCUACUGCUGAGGAGAUUUACUGACUAUUACGCUAAUGUAGCAUUAUCAAAUGCAUGGAGAGCUCAUUUUGCUGUUGCAGCAUUCCUCUGGAUACUGCUCAUAUUUUGUACCAUGUUUGAAGUUACAGUAUAUGCAGAACUCAGAAGACUGAGACAUCCAAAGGCCAUUCCUAUAUUUACACAAUAAACGACUGAUACAAACAGCCCAGAUCUACUAAACCUCUCAGUGUCCAUAAACCAAUGAAUUAAUAGAUACUGGAAGGUAACAUCAAAGGACAGUUGCAAAAUGCUUAUUCAGUAGCCAGUGACAUAGAAGAGUUUCCAAAGAUGAUGUCUAUUGGUACAGCCUAAGGAGAUUGGGUUGUCCACUAAACACUUGCCACUAAUAGAUGUUCAACCUGAGACAUUAUAUUACAUCUUGACAAAGGCAUACCACCAACUCAUGACAGUUUACA